UUUUGUUAUCACAAAACGCCAAUUUUCUCGCCAUUGUAGAUUUCGGUGUUCUCUUGACUUCCCAGAAAAAAAAUAUUCUUGUUUCAACUUCAAUGGCGUUCUCCAAUACUAUCUUCUCUGUUACUCAUUUCUCUUCUUCCUUUACUUCCUCUCGUCCUUCUUCUGCGAUCACCUGGCAGACUCGUUUUCCCGCUCAAACUUCUUCUCCAGAUCUAUCGCCUGCUUUCUUCGGUGAUCCCCGGAAGUUCGUCCAAGGUGUAAUGUCUCUCUCCACGAUGAGUCUAAGAAACCGUGUAUAUGCUUCGAUUAACAGCACUGAUGCCACUACUCCAUCUUCUCCGAAAUCGGAAGAUGAUGAUGACGUCGUUCCAAUGCCAAUGGUUAUGAUAGACCAGGAUGCCGACCCUGAAGCCACCAUUGUACAACUCAGUUUUGGAGAUCGUCUUGGGGCUCUCAUUGACACAAUGAGGGCGCUGAAAGAUUUGGGAUUGGAUGUAAUAAAAGGAACUGUCACAACUGAAGGAUCCGUUAAGCAGACCAAAUUUUCUAUAACAAAACUAGAUACUGGGCGGAAAGUGGAAGACCCUGACUUGUUGGAGCAAAUUCGAUUAACAAUCAUUAACAAUCUGUUGAAAUACCAUCCGGAAUGCAGCGAGCAACUUGAAAUCGAACAAACUUGCAUGAGAAAUGAGAUUUAACCGAACAAAAAGUAUGUCGAUAUUGCAACGCACAUAGAUGUGAAAAAAGACGGACCAAAGAGGAGCCUUCUUUGCAUAGAGACAGCGGACAGGCCAGGUCUUGUUGUAGAGAUGAUAAAAGUGAUGGCUGAUAUCAACAUAGACGUGGAAUCCGCAGAGAUAGAUACAGAAGGUCUGGUUGCCAAAGACAAGUUUCACGUAAGCUACCAAGGGCAAGCACUAAACAGUUCGUUGUCACAGGUUUUGGUGAACUGUCUGCGUUACUUCCUGAGAAGGCCUGAAACUGACAUCGACAGCUAUUAAUAAAGCUUUUUGUUUGUUCCAAAAACAAAACUGUCUUUCUCCUUUAUGAAAUCGUAUCUGUUGCGAUCUAUCAAGUCUAGACUGUUUUGAAUAUGAUGUGGAAACUCGUAAUAACCAUAACGUCUGCGAAAUAUUUCUGCCUUUACUGAACCAUUGGGGCUAAAGAAUAAAGAUGGCUUGGUUCUGUUGUCA